AUGCGCUCAGUCAUCGUUGCAUCGCUCGUUCUGGGGCAAGCUCUGGCCGCCGACCGCACUCUCGGCUUCAAAGCCAAGCCCACCGUCGAGAACCGCACACUUGAUGAAAUCUACAAGGCUGCCCUUGCCGAGGGCGGCGUCGUCACCUUGUGGCAUGGCGGCGAUGAGCCUGACCAAUUGAAGCCCCUUCAAGACACCUUCGAGGGACGAUUCCCGGGGAUGAAGCUAAACGUGACGGUGGAUCUUUCCAAGUAUUUCGGCGGAAGAAUCGAUCAGCAGCUCGCAAACAACAAUGUCCACGUGGACAACGUGAUGCUGCAGACGGUCCAUGAUUUCCCGCGGUGGGCGAGGGAGGACGCUCUGCUGAACUACGCGCCACUGGGAUUCGACCAAGUCCAUCCGGCUCUCAAGGACUCCCUGUCCGGGUCGUGGUAUGCAGUCGAAAUUAUCUUCUGGAAGAACAUCUGGAGCACCAAGAAGCUUCCCGGUGCAAAAUUCGACUCUUUCCAGUCAUUCCUCGACCCCGAGUACAAGGACAAGCUGGUUCUGACCUAUCCAAGUGACGAUGAUGCGGUUCUAUUCGCCUUUGACCAGAUCAUGCAAGACCACGGCGUAGCCUGGUUUGACAAGCUGCUUGCUCAGAAUCCUACCUGGGUUCGCGGCACGGAAACGCCACUGACGCUCAUCUCCCAGCCCAACAACUCUCUGGCCGCGACCUUCACCACAUCCAUUGGGUUCGCCGACAUUCCCGACAUCGCCACUGCUUUCCCCAAUGACGGCCUGUUCACAUCCUGGGGCCAGAGGGGAGCCAUCCUCAAGGACGCUCCGCAUCCCGAGGGCGCCAAGCUGCUGGCCUCGUUCAUGCUCUCCUCCGAAUUCCAGGACUCCAUGGGCUGGAGUGUCCUCCAAGACGUCGAGCCCCCUGCUGGCCUUCCUCAAAUAAUGCGCAUGAACAACACGAACGUUGUUGCAUUCAACUACUGGAUGGAAGAUCGCGCCAACGUUGAGAGACUUCGACUCUUCUUCGAGGAUCGCAUCGGCACUUCCCAGGGAAAGAGUCCUUUGCUGGAUGAUAUUUAG